AUGAGUCGUCAUCCAGAGGUUAAGUGGGCUCAGAGAGUAGACAAGGUCUACAUCACAGUUCUAUUGGCUGAUUCCAAAGAUGCUAAAGUUGAUCUUACCCCAGAGGGUGAUUUUAUCUUUUCUGCCAGUGCUGGCGCUGGAGACAAUAAGUAUGAACUGAAAUUGGAGCUCUUUGAUAAGGUUAAUGUUGAGGAGAGCAAAAUCAGUGUAGGAGUGCGAAGCGUAUUCUCUGUAGUGCAGAAGGCUGAGAGUGGAUGGUGGAAGAGGUUGCUGCGUGGAGAAGGCAAGGCUCCACAUUAUGUGAAAGUAGAUUGGGAUAAAUGGGUUGAUGAAGACGAAGAUGAAGGUGGUGAUGUGGACUUGGGAGGAAUGGAUUUCUCGAAAUUUGGUGAUGGUGGAAUGGGAGGAAUGGGAGGAAUGGGUGGAAUGGGAGGAAUGGGAGGAAUGGGAGGAAUGGGUGGAAUGGGUGGAAUGGGCGGAUUAGGAGGAAUGGGGGGACUGGAAGGACUGGGAGGACUGGGAGGAUUGGGAGGAAUGGACUUCUCUAAAUUUGGUGGAAUGGGUGGUGCUGAUGAUAUUGAUGAGAGUGAUGAUGAAGGUCAAGAAGAGUCAAAGCCUGGUGAACAAGAUGCUGGAAAGAUAGGUAGUGAACAAGAUGCUGCUGGCAAGAGUGCUGGCGAGGCAACAACAGUGGGUAAAGAAGCUACUCCAAGCACUUAG